AAAAAAAAAAAGAAAAGAGAGCCGUUAAGCAUAAAACCCUAAAUCCUAUCGGUCGUCUUCAUCUUCUUCUGUGUACGUAAAGAGAACCCUAAUUUGUAGUUGUAGACAUGGACAUUACUAAAUCACGCAAUUUUAAAUCUGAUUGCGACACAAUUCUCUCACAUCUUAAGCGCCAAGAUAAGCUUCUUAUACUCAAAAGAAGAUGGUUAAUGGGACUUCCCCUGUCUAAAUCUGAAAACAAGAAGCUUUUUCGAUAUAAGUCAUUGCCGGAAUCUUUGCUUAGGGAAGAUGAUAUAUUUUUUGACGACGUAAAAAAGCACGUUGAAGAAGCUUUUGGAGUAAGUGGUGAAAUAGAGGAUAGAAUCAUCCAAGAGAAUAAACGAUUGUUUGGUAGAUCUGAUUUGAGAGGAAUCCUUCUAUCUUGCCUUGAUGCUUUGACAAACAAAGGACUCUUUUUUCUUGCCGUGUUUUUAAGAAGGGGCUCUAUCAACUUUGAGAAAACUCGCCCUAAGUUGAAGAAGGUGAUUAAAGAACUGAUUCCGAGGUAUGCUGGGGUUCAAAAUCAGGAAGUUCAAAUAGAAGUUAUGACAAAGCUAGCUCAACUCUUCAAGGACCCGCAAAAUGUACGAGACAAUUGUUUGAUGGACAUGUUUCCCUCAUUUCACUAUCAUCAUGACUCUGCUAUUAAAAUAAUGAAUAGACUAGGGGAGUUGCCUUCAGAAACGCUGCUUGUUAUGCGCAGAAAACUUAGAGGUGACCCAGCUCGCACUCAUCUACGACAAAUCAAAUACCAAUGUACGCGACAGAAGCUGAUUUAUAAAGUAAGGGAAAAAAUCCGGAAAAUGCUUUCAGAACUCGUUAGAAAGGAUGAAUUGCAAGCACCAUUAGCCAAAGCACUUGAUGUAGCAGGUUGGUCACUAAAAUUAACGCCAGGCUAUUCAAAUUCUGCAGUGUCAGACUUUUACCAGGUCUCCUCGGAGAUAAAAACUUUGCAGAAUGAGAUAGUAAAAGCUAUAUGUUUACUCAAGUAUAAAACAAAAGUCAAAAUGGGAGAGCUGAAAACCUUGCUGAUUCUUUUAGACCCAACUGCUGAUGUGCCAAAUGCAUAUCUAAGAACAACAAUAAAGAAAAUAUUAACCGAAUACCUUUUUGACUGCAGUGAUUUGGAUAAGAUUCCCAAAUCCUUGUUAGAUGCUCUUGCUAUAAUAAAUGGGAAGUCUCAAAGUAUGCUGAUAGGAUGUUUCCUGAAGGAUGAAAUUGAAGAGGAGGUGGAAUGCGUAUUAAAUUUAAGUGCUCAAAUGAAGCAAGUUGUAUGGGAUUUGUUUCCUGAUUGUGACUUUGCUGAGGGUUUCACUGAUGCGUAUAUGGAAGAUUUAGAAGAAAGCGAUGAUAAUUAUGAUUGCUGCGACACAGAUGAUUUUGUUGCUUCUGGUGAGGAUGAUGAUGGUCUUCAACUGAUGCCCAUAAACAUUUUUAGUACUAGUCGAAGUCAUUCUGUUGAUUCGGGCAGCAUAGAAGAGAGUUGUGGUGAUUAUGUACCAGUUGAUUCAAAUCCAUCAGUUACUAAUUUUGAGGGGAAUCAUGAGGAAAAAAGCAAUGUUGAAGAGAGGUCUAAUGUGAAUGCGACUCAGUUCGAAGUAGACCACAUGAGAAAAUUUGGAAAUUUAAGCAUCAAUGUAAACUGUUUUUCUUCCCAUUUUUCCCUCUCAGAAAGGUUAGAUAACAAUUCUGUUGAGGAAAAUGAAAUUACUAACUCAUAUCUCGGCGUCCAAGAAGUUUGCGAUGAGACUGCAAUGAUUGCCUACAAACUCAUUGGUUCUAUGAUGGAUAAAUUCGCACAAGAAGAAGGCUUGAAUAUGAAAUCGACAGAUAGGAUAUAUCUCAGAGGACAUGUCCCUACUCAAGAAAAUCCAGAAGAAAGGCAAACUACUACUGAAGAAAAUUUUGCUGGUUCUGUUAUUAUUCAAGCUGUUGAAAAGCUAAUGCCGGCCCUGUCAAAGAGUGGAAUGGAAAAACUGAAGGAGCUAGUUGGCAUCCUUUGAUUACGCGAAAUUAAAGCUAAACUCCUGAAAUUCCAGAAAAUACUGGCAAUUUCUUGUACAAGCUGAUUAAUCCUGUCAAUUUAUCAGAGGAGCGACUUGAUGAACUUCAAACAAGAUUGUUCAUUUGAGAUGACUAGACGCCCUCAUGAAGAAUAGUUUAAUCAUUCUAACACUAACAGCGGCCAUUGGUUCCCGAAUAUUUCAGAUUCCUAAGAAAUUCUAGAACUGUUGUAAAUAGAAGUAGCAGAUUGUCAGAUGAUAAAGAUGUCUUGAUUGUACAGUUAGAAUAUCAGCAGAAAGAAAAGAAGAGGGAAGGAAAUGGAAAGUGAUGAAAAACUUUAAUUUCUUCAGUUGAGAGUAUAGAAUAAUAUCUGGUUAUACGCA